AUGGCGAUUGUACUUCUACCCAUACCUUUGUCUGAUUUGUUGAUUUUAAUACGUUUUUGUAUUUCAGAGGUUAUAUUGUCAAAUUUAACAUUUAAAAUAUUAAUAUCUUAUGAGAACAUAGUAAGAAAUACUUUAAUAAAUAUGAGUAUCAAAAGUGACAGUAGUCAAUUGUCAGGACUCUCUGGUAUCUCGAACUUAUCAUGUUCAAGUUCCAUGUAUUUAUCAACAAAAGUUAAAAAUAAGGAAUUCUCGUUGAAUAAAAUAUUAGAAGUAUUAACAAAAUGCGAAGAAUCUAUUUACCAAAUAGCUCAUCGUAAAUUAAUUUACAAAUCCAUUGAAAUUAUUGCCUCUGAAAAUGAUAAAUUGCAGCCGGAGUUGGUAGAUAAAUUAAAACAAAUGUUAUUAGUUCAUAAAAUAGAUAAACAUCUUGUCUUACCAAAUGAAAACAAUAGCAAAUUAACUAUAUUAGGUAUUGAAGAAAUUCCAAAGCCUGAAUUUAAUUAUGAAGAACGUAAAGGAAUUAAAUUAGCUGUAGAAAAUGAAGUAUUGAAACGCAUAAAUUGUUUUAUCUCAAGGUACGAAGAGUAUGGAGGAAAUUUAAUAGAAACAAUGGGAACAAAAGAUUCAAUAAUGAAGCAACAAUUGCUUGACUUUAAUAAGUUAGACAUAUCCCAUUGGAAAGAUAAAAUUGACGAAACUUUUGAUGAAUAUCAACGUCAUAUUUUAAUUUGCGCUGAAUUAUUAGAAGAAUGGUUACAACUUAAGCAUGUUGAUAUCGGAAAUUUUAAUACUAAAAACGCACAAUCUAAAUUACUCGAAGCAGAAAUUCUUGAGAUACAAGCAAAAGUUACUAAAAUUAAGUAUACAAUAUCAAUGUUUAACGAAACAUCAGUAACACUUGAUGCAUUUAGAAUUAUCGAUCGAAAAUUAGAUGAAAAGUUGGAUGAUAUAUUGUUAGAAAUAAAAAAGAAAAAAAUAUUAUCCAAACAAUAUCAGGAUUUACGUGGCACUGAAUACGACGAUAUAUUGAGGAGGUAUUUAGAUUUACGAUCUACGAUUGAGAAAGAAGAGCGUUUAUUAAAUAGUCUAUAA